UCAAUUUUCAAUUCCAAUUCCAAUUUCGGAAUUCGAUUCAUAGUUUCAACAACGAAAUCACCAUGAUCACCGCAAACCAGAGUUCAUUCAAGCCACUACUGCCUCCACCUGCUCCCAGGAAACGGGCGGAGGCAUGGGGUGAAGAGGAAACCCGCGCGCUCGUAUCUCUACGCAGAGAUACCGAUUUCAUGUUCAGCGCCUCCGAGUUCAACCAGCAUCUCUGGGACUACAUUCACGCCACGAUGAGGGAGAGGGGGUUCGAUCGAUCGGCGGCUAUGUGUGCGGGAAAGUGGAGGAAUCUGCUGAGGCAGUACAGAGGGGUGAAGCAGAACAUAAAUCCUGAUGCGGAUGGGAGCGACAAGAUGAACUUCUACCGUGAAAUCGAUGACAUUGUGACGGAGAGGGGCGGAAAUUGGAUGGAUUCUGAAUUGGACUCGUUUGUGCAAUCUGUUGGUGAGAAAGAUGUGGAUGAUGCUAGUCUAACUUUGGGGCAUAUGGAAGGUAGUGGCGGAUCAGCGCUCAACUCUGAAACACAUAUGGAUCUCGAGGCACCUCCUCUUUCCAUCAUCACGGAAGCUGAUGCAGUUAAUGUUUCUCCAUGGAAUUGGAGUGAUACUCUUCCAGGAAAAGGGAUAGUAGAUGAUCGAUAUAUUCCAUAUUCUGCAGGUGAGCAAAGAAACACUUACCGUGGGAGGGUGAUAACAGUAAAGAUGGAAGAGUAUACAAAGAGGAUAGGUAUUGAUGGCAGUGGAGAUGCUAUAAAGGAAGCCAUCAAAUCUGCAUUUGGGCUGAGGACAAAACGCGCUUUCUGGUUGGAAGACGAAGAUAAUAUUGUUCGAGCACUGGGCAGAGAAAUGCCCAUGGGAAACUACAUUCUUCACAUCGAUGAAGGCCUGAUGAUUAGAGUUUGUUCGCCAGAGCACUUGCCAGUGCACACAGAGGAGAAAACCUUCUAUACAGAUGAUGAUUUUCGCCAGUUUCUCUCGAGACGUUUCUGGGCUUGUUUGAGAGAGAACAAUGGCUACCGGCAUAUUGACAGCAUGGACGAGCUAUGUCCCGGGGCUGUGUAUCGUGGUGUGCCGUCAACUGAGAACAUUCUACUCUGAAACUUGUGUAUGGAGAGAUACAGCAAUUUUUGUCAAGGAAUAUAGUGGUUU